GACGAUCGUGCGUAAUGUUAGUAAUCUUGAUCCCGGCAGAUUAAAGAUCUUAAGAUUUGAAGGUUACGUUCACGUUGUACUCGUAACACGAGCGCGAAAUGAUUUCUACUUUUGCCUUGCAAAGAAUCGCGAUGACAAGAAUCGCUAGCAAGUUCUACAGACCGUGUCUUCGAACUAUAAGUAAAAGCUCCGCCGACAGCACUGUAGAGAUUAAUGAAACGGUGGAAAAUGACAUGCCCAUAAAAAUUCAAAACCCUUUUGUAAAGGAGAGACAGCAAUGUAUCUUGUGUAGAUUGAAUAUCGAACCAGAUUACAAAAAUGUAAGAUUGCUUUCUCAAUUUCAAAGUCGGCAUACUGGCAGAAUAUAUGAAAGACACAUAACUGGAUUGUGCAAACAUAAACAGAGAAGGAUAAAAGAAGAAAUUACAAAAGCUCAAUCUGCAGGUUUAAUGGCCUAUUGGACUAAAGAACCAAAGUAUGUCAAAGAUCCCCAACUAUUUGAUCCAAAUCAUCCAUUUAGACCGCAUAAAUAUUAGAGUAAUAACAGAUUAUAUAUAUAUAUAUAUCUUAAAAAAAAUUAGUGUAAUGGAAUUAGGCUAUUACAUUUGUAAAAUGAUACUGAUUGGUUGCCAUUGUAAGAAACUAACUCUUGGAAUCCUACAAAUUCUCUAUCUAAAGAUAACAUUUCAUGAGCAGUGAAAAGCAGCAGUAGUUUAGAAAGUAACUAGAAUUGGUGACGUAUUUCCGGCGCAAGUUUUUGCUGUUUGAAGUUCAUCCUGUUGAACAGCAAAGCAGUAAAACUUGCGUUUUAAAAUCUAUUUCAUGCAGCACUGCAAUUCUAUAAAAUCACCAAACAAUGCUAGUUAGUUACUAAACUGCUGCUGCUUUUCACUGCUUAUGAAAUGUUACCUUAAUAGUUAAUUUGUACAUUCGGCAGACUUCACAUAAAUUUUUGAUGAAUCUAUCACCCUUAAUCUUUUUUAAUAAUAAAUACUUGAAUAAAUGUAACAACUAUGAAU